AUGCCGAGGAUACCUAAUGGCGAUACAGUCGCAGAUCAAGAUGGUUCUAUUAAGAGAGCAUCGUCAACUUCGUCUCAUUACGAUAACAUCAAUGCAAAUUUACAUGCAAGAGUGAAAGCUUUCCAAGAACAACGAGCAUUGAAAAGAUCUGCUAGUGUCGGAAGUACUUCUAGUGCAAAAUCAAAUACUACAAAUGAUGAUAAUACUAAGGGCAAUAAUAGUAAUAAGGAAUCAGCUAAUAGCAAUAAACAAAAUAACAGUACUACUGGUGAAAGAAGUUUAUCGUCUUCAAAUCAUAGAUCUAGAUCACAUUUAAAGACACAAUCCACUACUUUAGAAACUUCUACUACUGCAAUUAAUAUUUCUACCACUGAUAAUAAUACAAGCACGGCAACGGCAGCAGCAACAGCAACCACAGCAACAGAUCAAUCACUAGCAUUAGCAUCGUCGUCGUCGUCGUCUUCUUCUUCACAAACUAAACAUGUAAGUAUAGUGAAUAAACCUUUACCUCCUUUACCACCCACUCAAAAUAAUAAUAGAAAUAGUACUCCAAUGGCAACUAAGAAUAAUACUAAAACUAAUAAUAGCAUAACGAAAGAUUUGAAUAAUUUGACAAUUGGGAAUAGUAAAUUAUCUACUCCAAAACCUAUAAAUAAAAUAACUAUUAAUACAAAUCUUUUAAGAACACCAAAUAAUAAUAAUAAUAGCAGUACUACUCAUGCACCAGUAAUUAAUACUGCGGGUCCAACUCAAUUUAAUCCAAAUAGAAGAGCUCCACGUAGACCUGUAGUGAUCACUGGUAGUAAUAGUAUAAGUAGUGGAGUCACUAGUGCUGCUGCUCAAAAUAGACAACCAAAAUUAAGUCUAAGUGCAAGAAGAGGAUUGAAGUUACCGCCAGGUGGUAUGUCUCUAAAGAAUCUAACUAAAUCUUCUGCUCCUUCCUCAUCAUCAAAUGCAAGUACAGUACAAGAAUUCGAAGGAAGUCCGACUAAUGAAACUGCAGCAAGACGUACAAAUCAUGGCUCUUUGGUGAAUGGUAUACAAAGAACUUCAAUCUCUUCGAACGAUAGAACGAAAAAUAAUAAUAAUAAUACUGCAACUGCUGAUGGGAGUGGUUCAAGUUCUAGUGGUGGAAGUGGUUCAGGUAGUGGUGGUCUAUUUUCCAUCUUCUCAAAAUAUGUCGAUAUUAAAUCGGGAUCCUUGAAUUUUGCUGGGAAGUUAUCCUUAUCAUCAACUGGGAUAGAUUUCAGUAAUGGUUCAAGUUCUAGAAUUACAUUGGAUGAAUUGGAAUUCAUUGAAGAAUUGGGUCAUGGUAACUAUGGGAAUGUAUCAAAAGUAUUACAUAAACCAACAAACGUUAUAAUGGCAAUGAAAGAAGUUAAAUUAGAAUUGGAUGAAGCAAAAUUUAAACAAAUCCUGAUGGAAUUAGAAAUUCUACAUAAAUGUCAAUCACCUUAUAUUGUGGAUUUUUAUGGUGCAUUUUUCAUUGAAGGUGCUGUAUAUAUGUGCAUGGAAUAUAUGGACGGUGGGUCCUUAGAUAAAAUAUAUGAUCCAAACCCUGAAAUUGGCGGAAUAGAUGAACCUCAACUAGCUUAUAUUUCAAACGCAGUCAUUAGAGGUCUUAAAGUGUUGAAAGAUGUUCAUAAUAUUAUCCAUAGAGAUGUUAAACCAACAAAUAUCCUAUGUAGUGCUAAACAAGGUACCAUAAAACUAUGUGAUUUCGGUGUCUCAGGGAACUUGGUUGCAUCAAUGGCAAAGACUAACAUCGGUUGUCAAUCAUAUAUGGCUCCAGAACGUAUAAAAUCAUUGAAUCCAGAUAUCGCUACGUAUACUGUCCAAUCUGAUAUUUGGUCUCUGGGUCUAAGUAUUCUCGAGAUGGCUCUAGGAAGAUACCCUUACCCUCCAGAGACAUUUGAUAACAUAUUUUCACAAUUGAGUGCUAUUGUCGAUGGACCUGCCCCUAAAUUACCUUCGGAAAGAUUUAGUUCCGAAGCUCAAGAUUUUGUAUCAUUAUGUUUACAAAAGAUACCUGAAAGAAGACCAACUUAUGCAGCAUUGAUAGAGCAUCCAUGGUUGGUAAGGUACAGAGACACCGACGUUAAAAUGAGUGAUUACAUUACUACAAGAUUACAAAAACGGAAAGCUAUCCUUGCUGAAAGGGGUGAAAAUGGAUUGCCAAAAGUUGUCCCAGCAUUACAUAUGGGUGGAUUACCUUAA